UUAAAAACCAUACAAUGUGUCCUCUGAUCUGUGUCACAGGCACUCAGCUUCCUAACACACUGCAGCAGGUGAUGAUACCAGUUGUGAGUAACAGUGCCUGUGAUAAUGCUUAUGGAGGGGUCAACAUAAGCAUCACAAGCAAUAUGAUUUGUGCUGGAUUGAUAAAUCAGGGAGGAAAAGAUUCAUGUCAGGGAGACUCUGGAGGUCCAAUGGUCAGCAAGAACGGCUCCCUGUGGAUUCAGUCUGGCGUUGCGAGUUUUGGUGAAGGAUGUGCUGACCCCAAAUAUCCUGGUGUGUACUCCAGAGUAUCUGAGUAUCAGGACUGGAUCAAGUCUUACACGGGCAGCAACACGCCUGGAUUUGUUCAAUUCAACACUGACAUUGAAUAUUCGACUAUGACGACGACUACAAAUACAACUGCAACUACGACUACAAAUACAACUGCAACUGCAACAUCCAACUCCAACUUCAGAAGUGUGCCCAAACUCCUCUUAUUCAACCUUUCUCUCAUUCCUUUCUCCCUCUUUCCCGCUUCCUAAAGAGAGUGAUUGAACAGUAAUUCUCAGGUUUGUUUGAUGAAGAGGACAGUUGUGCUGUAAAUGCUCUCAUGGUCCUAGAGAAAAGCAAGACACAUUGAGAAUAUUCUGCAUGUAACUUUAUUUGAAGGCAGUAAUUGUGUAGUUGGUGAUUCUGUAGUUACAGUAGCUGAUGCAUGUGAGCUAUUGCUAGCUAACUGUUAAUUGCAAGAGAUUUACUUUUCACGGUGAAGGUAUUUGAUCAUAAUAAUAAAUGAAAAAAAAUAUUUUGAUCAUAAUAAAUGAACAAAUAUUUUGAUCAGAAUAAUGAUCAAUGAUCAGGAUUUAGAUUAUUAUUGAAGAAGCUUUUUAAUUGGGGUAUUUUACAUUGUACAUCUUUUGUUUGGUAUCUGUCAUUCAUUUUUUUUAACAAUUAUUUUACAGUGUGGAGAAAAUCAUGUUGAUAUUUACAUGCUUCCAUUUGAAUCAUGUAGCAAGCAAAAUACAAAAGAUGGAACUGAUUUGGGGAAUUUUCUCUCACUGUCUCUCUCUCUUCAUACUGUCUUAAUAUUUUUGUAUAA